AUGGCAAAUCUCGAAGAUGCGCCGGGAACAGGGCAACUCAGACAGGAGUUGACUGGAUUGCAAAUCUUGCUUAUAGUUCUUAGUGCUCUCAUAGGGGCUGGCAUUUACAUGACCGAUGUGGACGCGCUUCAGCUCGUGGGCCCCCUUGGGCUCUUGGUCGCAUUCCUGAUUCUCAGCGUCAUCGCAGCCUGUAUUGGUGAAACUGUCAGCCAUCUCGUCCAACUUUUCCCAACGCCCAAUGCAGUUUUUGAAUAUGUCUAUAACUUUGUUGAUCAUGAGCUCGGAUGGGUCGUUGGCUUUUCGUACUGGUAUGCCUGGGUUACUACAUUUGCUUUGGAAAUGCUCACAGCUGCCUCUAUCACUGAAUAUUGGGGCCUUAAUCACAUUGCAAUUGGCGUCAUCUUCUAUGUUGCAGUCCCGGUGCUCUGCAUUGUGAUCAAUUCGAUCAACGUCAAGUAUUUUGGCUGGAUAGAGACUGCGGGUGGCUUAUUGAAAGUGCUGCUCAUAAUGAUCCUGUCAAUCGCUUUUUAUGCAGUGUCUGGUAAAUAUGGACUGGGAACCGGAGAUAAUAGCACCAUUGGCAGAGGUUUCGUACCAAACCCCGACUACACCAACAGUACGGGGACAGCCUUCUGUAUGGCACUGCCCCUAGUAGCGUGGAAAUUCGGGGGCAUUGAGAGCACAACUAUGGCUGCUUUCGAAGCAAAGACCGUGGGAGAUAUAGCAUUGGCAUCCAGAUCUAUCCACUGGAUCCUCAUCGUACUCUAUUUCUUCUACACACUCGGUGUAAUGUUCACCGUCCCUUGGGAUGCUUCAGAUCUUACUUCAUUUCACCCUUGGGUCAAUAUCACCAAGGCUGCUAACGACUCCAACAGUCGACUGUUUGGUACUUUCGAUAGACUCGACUCAUGCAAUAAGUCUACGAUAGGUGUGGUCAAAGGGGUCUGCAACAUUCAUAGGCCCCAGGACGGCGGCCCAAACCCAGAUGUCAGUGGCCUUGCCAACUUUGUCAAUGCUGUCCUCCUAUACAGCGUCAUUUCUUGUGGCAAUGCUGCGCUUUACAUGGCGAGCCGUACACUCUACGGUCUUGCAUCGAGCGAAAGGGUGAGACGAAAGGGCAUCUCGAAUCCUGUGAUUCGAUAUCUCGGGUCAACUCGUCCAGGAACAGGAGUGCCCUUCUACGCAGUGGUCUUUUCAUGGCUUAUCUUUUGCUGGGCACCCUUUCUUGGGUUUGCGAGCGGUGGUGAUUGGCCCGCCUUGGCCGACAUGAGACAGUUUCUCUUUUUCACGUCGAGUAUGGCCUAUAUCGUGGUCUGGGCGAGCCUUUGCCUCGCAUUUAUAAGAUUCCGAAGCUGGUGCAAUUAUUGUGCCAACGGUCUACGAGACCUGGACGGCGACAGCCGUCAUCACUACCAAGAUUACAUUUCCAAAGGCCGUAUCGUAACGAAAGGAAUUCUCCCUCAGCCCCUAGCUGCUUGGACUGGUCUGGUAGGAUGCUUUCUUUUAGUCAUUGCUUCGAGCUCAGUCUGGUGGAACAUACGACCUCAAAACGGUGACAUUGGUGGAAUCUCGGACGCCUGGUCAGUUUCAGUGUAUUUUCUCGAAGGUUUCCUCCUGGUUCUCUGGGCAAUCCUCAAGGUAUGGAACGGAAAUUGGAACAAGAUUUGGUGGGUUCCUAAGGACAGAAACCCUUCGAACCCUGAGAUGCUCCGCGAUUGUAUCGACAACCUGAACUCGGCGUGGAAUAAGGCAGCUGAAAGGGAGCAACAAAGAGAAGAGUCACACGAGUUCGUUGCUUGGGGUGCCAACGGUGCACUGAACGGACACGCAGCCCAGCGAAUGAGUUCGGCAAGAAGCGAUUUGGGCCCAACAGACCGUGGUCCUUAA